GACCGCGCACUCGCGGCACUGGUUGGGCGGCAAGGAGCGGGGUGUCAUGCGGCACUGCGGUUCUGAGAAUGUUACUCCGGCCACUCCAGAGAGGGCGGAGGAGGAGGCUGGAGCGCGACGGUGAUUUUGUGCCAGGGCUUUAGAGAGGCGCACUGAAAAGGCUGGCGGGGCUCAGGAAUUGGGGGUUAGGAACACACGUUCAAGCCCCCACCCCUCGGGGAGGGGACGAGGUUUGCCUGUCUUUGGUGAGGGGCUGCGGGAAGGGAAGGCUCCGCGGGUCGAAGCGUUUCCAUGCCCACUGGUGGGUGGAACGUUUUGAGCAUGGGGGCCGCUUCGAAUCCUUAGCGUGAUAUCUAACGUAUUUCAUUUAGCCCCCGUUGAGAUUAAUUCACUGGGGGCAGUUUCGCAGGUUUGGCUCCUUCAAGAGCUGGGCUACCUUGACGGGCUUUUUGUUUUCCUGCUCCAGCCCCCUUUCCCUUCCUCCUCCUCCAGAUACCUUUUUUUCUGCCCCUCCUCGCCCGAUACAGACAUUUUCAGCGCUAGCUGACGCUCGUGGCUGCUGUCGAAGCCACUUCUCGGGAUUUCGGCUCAUUUUCCUCUGGGGUGUUUUUGAGGAGGGAGAGCCUUUUUCCUCUUCACGAUGGGAUUUUCUUCCCGUGCCAAAAUGGACUUUCAUUGAUUUCCUCUUAAGCGUUUAGUGACCAAUUCCCUAGGCGUAUUUUUUUGUGAUAGUUCCUCUUUAAAAUAUAUUAUCUGUAAAAUGGAGAACGAGAUUUUUACGCCCCUUGUGGAGCAGUUCAUGACCAGCCCCUUGGUCACUUGGGUUAAAACGUUUGGACCUCUGGCUGCAGAAAAUGGGACCAACCUGGAUGAAUAUGUGGCUUUGGUGGAUGGGGUAUUCUUGAACCAUGUCAUGUUCCAAAUUAAUCCUAAAUUGGAGAGUCAGAGAGUAAAUAAAAAAGUCAACAAUGAUGCCUCACUUAGAAUUCAUAAUCUAUCCAUUUUGGUGAGACAGAUAAAAUUUUAUUACCAGGAGACUUUGCAGCAGUUGAUCAUGAUGUCCUUGCCAAAUGUCUUAGUCAUUGGCAAAAAUCCCUUUUCUGAACAAGGCACAGAAGAAGUUAAAAAGUUGCUUUUACUUUUACUGGGUUGUGCAGUUCAGUGUCAGAAAAAAGAAGAAUUUAUCGAAAAAAUUCAAGGCUUAAAUUUUGACACAAAAGCAGCAGUUGCUGCACAUAUUCAAGAGGUAACCCAUAAUCAGGAGAAUGUGUUUGAUCUUCAGUGGAUGGAAGGGACUGAUAUGUCUCAGGAGGAAAUAGAGCCACUCUUAAAAAAUAUGGCAUUGCAUCUUAAAAGACUUAUAGAUGAAAGAGAUGAACAUUCAGAGACUAUCAUAGAACUCUCUGAAGAGCAAGAUGGUCUUCACUUUCUAUCCCAUGCCUCUUUAUCUGUACAGUCACCCUGUGGUUCUCCAGGCAUGAAGCAAACAGAAAGUCGACAACGUCUGUCAGUGGAACUGGCAGAUGCUAAAGCCAAGAUAAGAAGGCUUAGGCAGGAAUUGGAGGAAAAGACUGAAGAGUUAUUGGACUGCAAAGAAGAACUUGAGCAAAUGGAAAUAGAAUUAAAAAGGCUGCAACAAGAGAACAUGAACUUGCUUUCGGAUGCUCGUUCUGCAAGAAUGUACCGAGAUGAAUUAGAUGCACUUCGGGAGAAGGCAAUCAGAGUUGAUAAGCUGGAAAGUGAAGUCAGCAGAUAUAAAGAAAGGCUACAUGAUAUUGAAUUUUAUAAGGCAAGAGUUGAGGAAUUAAAAGAAGACAAUCAAGUUUUAUUAGAAACAAAAACCAUGUUGGAAGAUCAAUUAGAAGGCACUCGAGCUCGUUCUGAUAAGUUGCAUGAAUUAGAAAAAGAGAAUUUACAACUAAAAGCUAAACUGCAUGAUAUGGAAAUGGAACGUGAUAUGGAUAGAAAAAAGAUAGAAGAAUUAAUGGAAGAAAAUAUGACUUUGGAAAUGGCACAGAAACAGAGUAUGGAUGAAUCAUUACAUCUUGGCUGGGAGCUGGAACAAAUAUCCAGAACUAGUGAAUUUUCUGAAGCACCACAAAAAUCUUUGGGCCAUGAGGUGAAUGAAUUGACAGCAAGUAGGUUAUUGAAAUUAGAAAUGGAAAACCAGAGUUUGACAAAAACUGUAGAAGAACUUCGGAGUAGUAUGGAUUCUGCAAAAGGUAACAUUUCCAAAAUCCUGAAAGUUGAGAAAGAAAAUCAAAGAUUAAAUAAAAAGGUUGAAAUUCUUGAAAAUGAGAUUAUUCAAGAAAAGCAAAGUCUUCAGAAUUGUCAGAAUUUAAGCAAGGAUCUAAUGAAGGAGAAAACUCAACUUGAAAAAACAAUUGAAACACUUAGAGAAAAUUCAGAGAGAGAGGAUUUGGUGAAUGAAAAAUUGAAGAAUCAACAAAUGAAUAAUGAUCUUGAAAAAUUAACUCAUGAGCUUGAGAAAAUAGGGUUAAAUAAAGAGAGACUCUUACAUGAUGAGCAAAGUACUGAUGACAGGUACAAACUUCUGGAAUCAAAACUAGAAUCCACUCUAAAGAAGUCCCUUGAAAUAAAAGAAGAAAAAAUUGCUGCUUUAGAAGCUCAAUUAGAAGAAUCCACAAAUUAUAACCAGCAGUUGCGCCAAGAACUUAAAACAGUGAAAAAGAAUUACGAAGCUCUCAAACAGAGACAAGAUGAGGAAAGGAUGGUACAGACCUCUCCUCCAACUUCUGGUGAAGAUAACAAAUGGGAACGAGAAAAUCAAGAAACAACUAGAGAGCUUCUCAAAGUCCAAAGUCGAGUAAUUGAAGUAGAAAGAAAUGUAAGUAUUUUACAGUUUUUCAUAGGA